AUGCAAUACUACAAAGUCUUCAUCGUCAAAUUCACCCUAACCACCUACGACCCCAACAUGCCCACCCCGCGCUACGACACCACCAUCUUCGUUGAGACGCACCCCAAUGGAACAGGGUACAUCCACCAUGUCCUGGGCGACAACGUCUCCCCAACAGCCCUGCACUACGAGCGAAGGAUGCAGGUUCUGCCCGAGGAAUCGCGCUGGUUCCACUCCCGCACCCAGCUCGGCGUCACCCGCGCGGCCACGUACCCUGCUGCCUGGGAUGGGCUCCUGCAGCAGAUUUCUCAGGCGACGCAGUCGGGUUCAUCCUCUCGAAGUAUGUUCGUGCCUUCGGGUGAUAGUCGGGGCACGCUGGUCAAGGGCACUGAGUGGACGUUUGAGCAGGCUAUUCCGGCGUUGAAGGCGGCGGGGUUGCUUCAGGAGGUUUAUUUUCGGUGA